AUAUUUUUAUUUCUUUUGUAGCGCACUUUCAGGAUACGAGUGUGGUGGGAUCAAUCAACUUGAACACGAAGUUGAGGCAUUGGAAAUCUAUCCAAAAUAAUCAUUUUUUUCUUAUUGCUUGGUGGCGCCAUUUUUGCACGUUAGGAGAAUUGAGAAUUGCGGGAAAGCAUGCUGAGCUUUGUCAAACACACGUACAUUUCUUGUCACUGUCAGUUGGUCAUCGGAGUGUUUAUGUUGUCCUAGUCAUCUGCCAUCAUGAAGUACAUCUUGGUAUCCGGGGGCGUGAUCAGCGGCAUUGGGAAGGGGGUGAUCGCUUCCAGUAUCGGCAUGCUCCUGAAGGCCUGCGGUCUGCGAGUCACGUCCAUCAAGAUUGAUCCUUACCUCAACAUCGACGCCGGAACAUUCUCUCCCUAUGAACAUGGGGAGGUUUACGUGCUGGAUGACGGGGGCGAGGUUGACUUGGAUCUUGGUAACUACGAGCGGUUCUUGGACAUCACACUGCAUCGGGACAACAACAUCACGACGGGCAAGAUAUAUCAGAGCGUCAUCAACAAAGAGAGGAAAGGAGACUAUCUCGGCAAGACCGUCCAAGUUGUGCCACACAUCACCAACGCCAUUCAAGAGUGGGUGGAGAGAGUCGCCAAAAUCCCAGUGGAUGGAGACCAGGAAGAACCCGAAGUCUGCAUCAUUGAGCUUGGCGGAACUAUCGGCGACAUCGAGGGCAUGCCCUUCGUCGAGGCCUUCCGCCAGUUCCAGUUUCGUGUCAGCCGUGAGAACUUCUGCUGUGUGCACGUCAGCCUGGUGCCCCAACCCAAGUCCACUGGCGAGCAGAAAACUAAGCCCACGCAGGCCAGCGUCCGGGAACUCCGCGGGUUGGGACUGUCCCCGGACCUGAUUGUUGCCAGAAGUCACAAUCCAGUCGUGGAUAGUGUCAAAGAAAAAAUCUCUAUGUUCUGCCAUGUAACAGCCCAACAGGUCAUCUGCGUUCACGACUGCCCGUCCGUCUACCGCGUGCCCCUGUUGCUCUCCGACCAGAACCUGGUGCAGUUCCUCCAGACCCGGCUGCAGCUAAACUUCAGAAUGCGGCCCAAGCGCCUGCUGAACAAGUGGCGAGAGUUGGCCCACAGAUACGACCACACCUCCAAGUCGAUCACGAUUGCGCUGGUGGGGAAGUACACCAAGCUGGAAGACGCCUACAUCUCGGUCAUGAAGUCGCUCCUGCACGCCGGCCUGACUUGUCAGUGCAAAGUCGUCAUCAAGUUCAUCGAAGCGGACGAUCUAGAGCAGACAACGAUGGAGCAGGAGCCGGUGAAGUACCACGAAGCCUGGCAACAGCUCUGCAGCAGCAAUGGUGUCCUGGUGCCUGGUGGAUUCGGCAUACGAGGGACGGAGGGUAAGGUGGCCGCUGCCAAAUGGGCCAGGGAGAACAAGAAGCCGUACUUGGGGGUGUGCCUCGGCUUGCAAGUUGCCGUGAUCGAGUUUGCCCGCAAUGUCCUCGGGUGGAAGGAUGCCCACUCGGAGGAGUUUGAUCCGAACACCACCCAUCCAGUGAUAAUUGAGAUGCCGGAGCAUAACACCGGCCAGAUGGGUGGGACCAUGCGGCUCGGCAAGAGAACCACAGUCUUCAAGACAGAGAGCUCUGUUCUCAGAGCUUUGUAUGGUGGGCAUGAGAAGAUUGAAGAGCGCCAUCGCCAUAGAUACGAGGUAAAUCCGAAAAACAUCGAAGACUUUGAGAGCCACGGUAUGAAAUUUGUCGGUCGCAGCACGGACGGAGAGCGUAUGGAAAUUCUGGAACUAGAAGAUCAUCCGUACUUCGUCGCCGUCCAGUACCACCCGGAGUACAUCUCCCGCCCCAUGAAGCCCUCCGCCCCCUACCUGGGCCUGGUCCUGGCCUCCAUCAACCGCCUCAAAUCCUACAUUGCCCGUGGCUGUCGUCUCUCCCCCCGCAACUCCUUUGAGGACACCGAGUCCUCAGACACGGAGGAGGAGAUGGCUGUCCUGAACAAGUCAGGCUCCCAGCACUCGUUCACCAGCAUCGAGGCCAGCCCCCAGCAGUCCUGAGCAGGGGUCAAAGGUCAGUUCUUUCAAUGACGUUGCCCCUGUCCAGACUACAGUUCGCCAUUUCUUUCUCUUCGCUUUGUAAAGGAGACACAGUAGGUCAUGGAAAAUGUGCGACAGACCUUAAUGCACAUUUUGCAAAUUAUGCAUAUUUGCUUUAAAUAUUCAUAUAGGCAAAUUGUUUCUGCGCUGUUACAUAUUCAUGAUGUAUUGCCUUUAUUCAGAGUUACAGAUAUGGUGUCAUGCUUCUUAAGUAUUAGGGAGGACAGUGCUCAUGUGAGGACAGUAAGAAUUUGAGCAGUGUUUUAUGCAAACCCUCAUUAGAAUACAUUUAAAUCUGGUUGGAAAAUUAGCUGAAAUAAUGCCGAUGCAAUAGUUUUUGAACAGAUCUGGAGUCAGUGUUAAGCCAUGUCCAAAGCACUUGGCUGUGGCUGGCUACAUUAUACGUGUCAAUGGGAAGUAGCUGCAGCCAGUCGCCAGUCGCUUUCCUAGCCACUCCUGCCAUCACUAGCCGUAGCCAUUUAAUUCAGAUGCAGCCUUAGACGUAAGGUUUUGAUGUGCUGACCUAGUGCCAUUGGCGAGAUAGCCACACUCGUUAGACAACCCUAUGAGACUCUGCACAUUGUUCUGUUAGUCCGAGAUCUUGUGCAUCCCUUGAUGGUUUGUGUAUUUGUUACAACUGCAUUGAUAUGAUGCUUCCGUGAUAAGUCAAUUACGCUAACGAUUUCCAUCGGUGAACAACGUGAACUGUUCAUUUUCAGCACAAGUUCCUUCUGUGAAGACUACCCUCCUAUCAAACAUGUUUGUACACUCGUUACAUAAAUGUACAAGUAUUUUUACCCAGUAAUUCCAGGGAUGUUAGUGAUUUAUGGUACUAAACAGAUUUGCUUUUUCGUAAAGUAGAAGUUUGUGUUUUCCUUGUAAAAAUGUGUUGCUUUUUUGGUCCAGUGUUUUUAUUUAUUACUUAACCCGUGCUUCCAACAAGUUCAUUUGUUUGUUGUAAAUAGGUCACAUUAAGUGCAAGAACCGUUCAGCUUAGACUAACAAAAUCAAAAUCAAACACAUAAGCCUGCCUUCCGUAGUUGUUGGGAUGGUGCAUUGUAUGCAUGGCACACCGUCACGUGUAGAACAGACAUUAAUUUGUAAAAGGGUGCAUUCAUUUCUUUGUAAAGUUAAGGUAUUAUGCAACACUGCUUUGAUGUGUAAUUUAUACUUCACAGCUUAAAGGAGCCAGAAAGGAGGAUUUUUGCUUUCUUCUUUUCUUAAACACCACCCUUUCGAUAUUCACAGAGAGACAGUCUAGAAUGGCUUGCUUUGGUGUCUUUUUUAAUUCCUUGUAAUACUAAUUUGCAUAUUAAUGAGUCAGCAGUGAUGUCAUCACCUGCAGAUGCAGUUGCACCAUAGCCGAUGUUUGAAUAAUGUUCAACAUUCAUUUUUCACCCAACAAAUAAACCCUCACGAACACCGAAGUGAUAUUAUUUAAUAUUUGGACUUUCCUGGUAUCAGGAAAUAAUGGGAAUAUUUUUUAAAAGUUAAUAUUCUGCACCUUUAAUUUCUGCUUCAACAAACCUGUGAAUAAAGCUGGAGCGCACGUAUUAUCAGCUGAUGUAAUGUAAACAUUUUGGGGGGGAUAUAAGAGCAAUGUACACGAAAAUAAAUGGUUAAAACUGACAUUUUUUGGUA